GAUUUCAUGUAAUGGACAGUAAAAAAAGGUCCCAAUUACAUAUAAUUAAAAAAAUACUGUACAAAUUUUAUCCAAGAUUCUGCGAUACAGGAAAAAUUAUGUAUAUAUGUAUUUUGCCCAUAUUUCAUCUAUUACUAGUAAUAAAGUAUCUUGCUAUACAGUAAUAAGCUGAAUGUUGGACAAAAAGGAAACUUUGUAGAUAUAUAUAUAUAUAUAUAUAUGUAUUUGUACAUCGAUUCAAUUAAUGCAUUUCAUGCUUUUAUGCUUCUAAAUUUUUAAAAAGCAGCCAUGGCAACAGCGUCAACAACUUUGCCUUAUCAGCAGCAGCAACCUGCGGGGGCAGCAGGAGAAAUUUUGGCAAAUCCUGAGGCAGUUCCAAGCAAAGCUUGGCAAUAUUCUUCUUCUGGUUCCAUAGGCCCAUUCUUUGCAGUGAUCUCUGUCUUAACAGUUCUCUCUGUUCUUUCGUGCAUUUUCGGCAGAAUGUACAGCCGGCGGCGAGGGGCGGCCGCGACUCCGUUGGAAAGUAUAGAGGGAAGUGGCUGUUUUGGGUGGAUAAAGCAGAAAUGCUGGCGGUGCAUGCCUGCGGGAGAUGUUCAUAUUGCAGCACAAGUGAUGGGCUUUCGAGAUGAAAAGAAUGAUGCUAAGGUUAGAGAUAGUGAGGUUCCAAAUCCUCCUCAGCCUUAAAUAUAUAUAUGUCUAUACAUGUAUGUAUAAUGCAUGGUUGAAUUUUAUGGCUAGAUAUAUAGGUUAGAAAGCUUGAAAAGAACGUUCUUGACAAUUUUAGUUUAAUUCUAUUUGAGUUUUUCUGAAUGUUCAAUCCCUUCAGGAAAGGAUGGUUGAUUAAUAUAUUGUUUUGAAUGGGAAGAAAUAGAUUAGAGACUUGAUCUUCAAUUGAGUUCCUAAAUAUGAAUUGAAACAUGAGUAUUUAAUGAUUAA